ACUUCUUACAUGAGCUGUCCUCUUUUCUCUCUCUCUCUCUCUCUCUCUCACACACAAACACACACUACUUCACUCUCACUCUAAAAACCUUCAUCUACUGCCACAACACAACAAUGGCUACUUAACUCACUCAAUCUGUUACAUUUCUGUUACAUAUAUCAACACACAUCUUCUACACUUCUCAUUUCAAAACCCUAGCUCCAGAUCCACCACCACAAUGAACUAACAACAACCACAACAGCAAAAACAACUAUGCCGCAAAGCUCCGACCCGAAAAACCGCCCCAAACCUGCUCCAAUCUCUCCAGGUACAGACUCCACCGGUUCACCGGCAAUACCUCCGUCUUCCUGGGCCAAACGCACCGGUUUUCGCCCUAGGUUUUCCGGCGAGACCAAUGCUAGUGAUUCCGGUCAAAUUAACCGGUCUCCGGUCAACGGUGGUGCUCCGGUGGUGGCUAAUUCGGAUAAGGAUGAGACAGUGAAGAAGAAGAGGGAGUCUGAGAGUGGUGCUGGCCGGUUGCCGGCUAAACCGGUGGCUAAAAGUGGUGCUGCUGAGACGGCGGCUCCGGCUCCGGCUCCGGCGCCGGCUCAGGCUAGCCAGAGAGCGGUUAGGAAUGAUGACGUGGAAAAUGCGUUGCCGCAAAUAGUUGAGGAGGAAUUUGUGUCGCAUCAUCCGCAUAUGAAGUAUGAGCUUAGAGAUACUCCUGGUCUUGUUCCGAUUGGUUUCUAUGGAUUUCAACACUAUUUAUCAAUGUUGGGUUCGCUGGUUUUAAUUCCUCUUGUGAUCGUUCCGGCUAUGGGUGGUGACCAUGAAGAUACAUCUAUGGUGGUAUCCACUGUGCUAUUUAUAUCCGGAAUCACCACACUUCUACAAGCAAAUUUCGGAUCAAGAUUACCACUCAUACAAGGUCCGUCUUUCGUGUUUCUUGCACCUGCACUCGCGAUAAUAAACUCCCCGGAGUUUCUCGGAUUAAAUGGCAAUAAUUUCAAGCAUAUAAUGAAGGAGCUUCAGGGGGCUAUAAUUAUUGCAUCAGCUUUUCAAGCGUUACUCGGAUACAGUGGACUAAUGGCACUACUCUUGAGAUUGAUUAACCCCGUGGUUGUAUCCCCAACUAUUGCUGCUGUCGGACUUUCGUUCUACAGUUAUGGUUUCCCGCAGAUGGGUGCGUGUCUUGAGAUCGGCAUGGUGCAGAUUCUAUUGGUUAUUAUUUUUUCUUUAUACCUACGCAAGGUAUCUGUUUUGGGACACCGGAUAUUUCUAAUUUAUGCUGUACCGUUGGGUCUGGCUAUUACAUGGGCCAUGUCUUUUCUUCUAACCGAAGCAGGAGCCUACAAGUACGAUGGCUGUGACGUAAAUAUACCAACCUCAAAUAUGUUAUCCGAUCACUGCAGAAAACACGUGGCCAGGAUGAAAAGUUGUCGAGCCGAUACUUCCCACGCUUUAAAAUCUUCCCCCUGGUUCAGAUUCCCAUACCCGUUACAAUGGGGAACACCCGUUUUCAACUGGAAAAUGUCUAUCGUCAUGUGUGUUGUGUCGUUUAUUUCCGCUGUUGACUCGGUUGGGUCGUACCAUGCAUCGUCUUUAUUAGUGGCAUCUAGGCCUCCUACACCGGGUGUCGUGAGCCGUGGGAUCGGUCUUGAGGGUCUGUGUAGCGUCUUGGCUGGCUUGUGGGGCACCGGGACCGGUUCAACUUCUCUGACGGAAAACGUGCACACAAUUGCUGUCACUAAAAUGGGGAGUCGUAAAGCGGUUGAGCUUGGAGCCGGUGUUUUGAUUGUAUUGUCCCUCCUAGGUAAAGUAGGAGGGUUUAUUGCAUCAAUACCGCAAGUAAUGGUUGCGGGCUUGCUAUGCAUUAUGUGGGCCAUGCUAGCAGCAUUGGGCUUAUCAAAUUUACGUUACAGCGAGGCCGGAAGCUCCCGCAACAUUAUCAUUAUUGGGCUUUCUUUGUUUUUCUCACUAUCAGUUCCAGCUUACUUCCAGCAAUACGGUCUCACCCCAAAUUCCAACUCAUCUGUUCCUUUUUACUUUCAGCCUUACAUCGUUGCUUCUCACGGUCCAUUUCGUUCACAGUAUGGAGGGUUAAAUUAUGUGAUGAACACGUUGCUGUCCUUCCACAUGGUGAUAGCGUUCCUAGUAGCCAUAGUUUUGGACAACACGGUGCCCGGGAGUAAGCAAGAACGAGGGGUGUACGUGUGGUGUGAACCGGAGUCAGCUCGAAGGGAGCCGGCGGUUGCUAAAGACUACGGGUUACCGUUUAGAGUUGGAAGGAUGUUUCGAUGGGUUAGAUGGGUUGGCCUCUAGAGAAACAAACAAUGAUGACCCAUGAAAGUUUUGCUGCCACGAAAAAGCCAUAUUGUAAAACGGAUGAUAGGUAUUGUAGUUCGGAAUUGAGCAUCGGUUGCAAGUGGGAAGAAAGAAGAAUUAGGUGGGUUUUGUACAUUGGAGAGAGGAUUUGUGUUGUAAUGUUGAAACCAUUGGAUGCUUUUGUAUGUAGUUUGUAAUUGGAAUUUUCUUGGUUUAAUUGACCCCACAAUUUUCUUCUUU